CAGGCCCUGCUACACCGGGUAAGAAGAGCUCCCUGGCUGCUGGACUGACUUGCAGUGUUCUUCAAAACCGGGAUUUCACCUUGUUUCACGGGAAGACCAGUAAGCAGAAUUCUACCCAGGCCUAAAAGGGGACCAUGGACAUCGAAGCAUACUUUGAAAGGAUUGGCUACAAGAACUCAGUAAAUAAAUUGGACCUGGCCACAUUAACUGAAGUUCUUCAGCACUAUAUGCGAGCAGUUCCUUUUGAGAAUCUUAACAUGCAUUGUGGAGAAGCCAUGCAUCUGGACUUAGAGGCCACUUUUGACCACAUAGUAAGGAAGAAGAGGGGUGGAUGGUGUCUCCAGGUUAAUCAUCUGCUGUACUGGGCUCUGACCAAAAUGGGCUUUAAAACUACAAUGUUAGGAGGUUAUGUUUACAUAACUCCAGCCAAUAAGUACAGCAGUGAAAUGGUCCACCUUCUAGUACAGGUGACCAUCGGUGACAGGAACUACAUUGUAGAUUCUGCUUAUGGAGGCUCCUACCAGAUGUGGGAGCCUGUGGAAUUGAUAUCUGGGAAAGAUCAGCCUCAGGUGCCUGCCAUCUUCCGUUUGACAGAGGAGAAUGGAACCUGGUACUUUGACCAGAUCAGAAGAGAACAGUAUGUUCCGAACGAAGAAUUUGUUAACUCAGACCUCCUUGAGAAGAACAAAUAUCGAAAAAUCUAUUCCUUUACUCUUGAGCCCCGCAUUAUCGAAGAUUUCGAAUAUGUGAAUACCUACCUUCAGACAUCGCCAUCGUCUGUAUUUGUAGGCACGUCGAUCUGUUCCUUGCAGACCUUCGAAGGGGUUCACUUUUUAGUGGGUUCCACCUUUACAAGUAGGAGAUUCAGUUAUAAGGACAAUGUAGAUCUGGUUGAGUUUAAGAACGUCAAUGAGGAAGAAAUAGAAGACAUACUGAAAACUACAUUUGGCAUAUCUUUGGAGAAAAAGUUUGUGCCCAAACAUGGUGAACUACUUAUAACUAUUUAGGGUAAGGAGGAAAAUUAUUCUCCAUUAUUAUUUCAUAGUCUUAAACAUUCUAAACAUAUUCAAAUGUAUCCAUAACAGAAAUCACCCAGUUUAAUAUUGAUCAACUAAUGACCUGUUAGAUCUUCUAUUUCCUACAUUUUAUAUAAAAAAAAUCUUAAUUGUCCUGUCAUUUCUCCAAUAAAAGUAUGAGUUAUAAUUAAAUAAAAAUGUUUAUGGAUGCAAUGACAAUCCUUUUAACAUUAAUCAACAAAAAUUACUUAAGGAAGAUGUGGAAAUCUUGGGAGUCUAUUCAUUUGUAGAAAAACCUCCCAACAUUAUUUUAUUGUUGAACUCACAUAAAAAAAUGGUUGAAUAUGAAUAAUCAGAGAACAACAGGUAUUAAAUUCACCCAGACUAAACUUGGUGCCGAAGGUUUAUAAGAAGCCACGCUCAUCAGAAUAAAGCAAAGAAUGAGCCAUCAUUUCAGAUCCAGGUAACUUCCCAAUCCUUGAAACAGAACUGAAGCCAAUGAACUCAGGAUCUGUGAAUAGGUGCCAAGACAAGGACACGGCUUAGAAUUUCUUGCAGAGCUAAUUUUGCAGACACAGUUAUUUUUGUAUUUGAUUUUUUUUCAAACUAUGAGAGUACUGGUAUUUAGAAUUAAAUGAUUUAUAUAUCAUGUAAUCUUUAUAGCCUAUAAUAUUACCUGAAAAAAACCAUUGUCAAGUAUAUUAAAUGUUAACUAUAUUAAAAUAGUAUUGGCUACUAUAAUGGAUCAAAGGUUUCUUGGAGGUAUUGAGAUAUAAGGGUUGGUGCUCUGUAUGAUGUGUGUCCUUUUCACCCCUGUGUAAUAACCCUGGUCAUUCUUCUGCUCCACUCUAUACUUAAGCUGACAGAAGCCACAAAAAUGGUUAGUGGCUCUUGGAGGUCACACCCUAAGCACAUUACUGGGUAAACUUGUAGAUCUGAUUCAAGAUGUAAAAUGGAGUUUGAGACAUCUAUUUAGUACCAGACAUAAAGGCCACAAAUAUGGAGAUAUGGGGGUAUUUCUCAGGUUAGAAUGCUGGUCUCAUAUGCUGGAAGCCCAGAAUUUGGUUUACAGCUCUACUGCAUGCAAAAGUGUUUUGCUCAGGAAUGAAUAAAUGACAGUGGUAAUUAUUUCUAA